CGGGUCUCUUCCCAAUGAGCGCCUCGCGGCUCGCGCGUCUGCAGGUGCUUCUGCUGCUGCUCCGCGAGGGCGUCAGGCCGCAAGCGUCUUUCUCCCCAUCUGGGUCCGAGCCAGGGCCGGGAAGGGGGACCCCGCCGUCCCCCUCCACGGAGACGCAAAGUGCCCGGGCUGGGCCACAGGGCCUCUCGACCCCAGGCCCCACCGGCGCCACCUCCGCAGCUCCGGGCAACGAGACUCUGGAGCUCUCCCCGGCCCUGUCCGUCUGCAUCUGCGACUUGACGCCUGGCACCUGCGAUAUCAACUGCUGCUGCGAUCCCGACUGUGACCUGCGCCACCCGCUGGCAGUUUUCUCCUUCUGCCUCCCAGGCAGUGUCAGGUCUUCCAGUUGGGUGUGUGUGGACAACUCACUUAUCUUCAGGAGUAAUACUCCUUUUCCUACCCGAGUUUUCAGGGACUUAAAUGGAAUCAGUCAAUUUUGUGUCCAAGUGAACAACACAAAGCAGAACUAUUUCCAGAAGCUUCAGAAGGUCAAUGCAACCAACUUCCAGACCUUGUCUAGAGAAUUCGGAGGUGAAUUAUUUACUUCAACAUUCCAAUCCCAGUCACCACCAUCCUUGUAUUACAAGGCUGGGGACCCCAUCCUAACUUACUUCCCCAAGUAUUCUGUGUUAAGCUUACUGAGGCAGCCUGCUGGAGUUGGAGCUGGGGGAUUCUGUGCUGAGAGCAAUCCUGCAGGUUUCUUGGAGAGUAAAAGUACAACCUGUGCUCACUUUUUCAAGAAUCUGUCAAAAAGCUGUAUGUCAGACCCAGCCCUAUAUGCUGCCUCUUACUAUAACUUCACAGUCUUGAAGGUUCCAAGAGGCAUGAAUGACCUGCAGGAUACGAAGUUUCAGGUUCCCAUAACACUUAACUCCCAGGCUGAUUCUCCUCUGUUGGCUGGAAACACUUGUCAGAAUGUCGUUUCCCAGGUCAUCUAUGAGAUAGAGACCAAUGGAACUUUUGGAAUUCAGAAAGUUUCUGUCAGUUUUGAACAAAUCAACCUAACUGUUGAAUCCAGCAUUUCUUUGCAGCAACACUUCACCAUUCGCUUCAGGGCUUUUCAACAGAGCACAGCCACUGCUUUUAUUAGCCCUAGAAGUGGGAAUCCUGGCUAUAUCAUUGGGAAGCCACUCUUUACUCUAACUGGUGAUAGAAGUCAUUCUAUGACUGUGUUGCAGAGCCAGGGUGAUGGAACAUGUUCUAUUAAAAGACAUGAAGUACAGUUUGGGGUGAAUGUGAAAUCUGGAUGCAAGUUCAGGCCACAAAAUAUGAACUGCAGUCAUGUGCAGGAGGAGGCUUAUUGGACUCUUCAUGGGAUGCCUAAACCAGAACAGGUUGGCAUCUUUGGUAAUGCUCACCCAGCCCACAAGGGAGAGUGGACCAGGAUCCUCAACAAGAGCUUUGUAUAGGCUGUGCACUGUGUAUCCUGCUGUGUCAUUCCAGUUUCCCUCGAGAUCCAGGUAUUGUGGGCAUUUGUAGGCCUCCAAUCCAACCCACAAGCUCAGGUGGCAGGAGCACGAUUCAUAUAUCACUGCCUGGACUUCCUUCAAGUCCCAGAAGUAUCUUUGACAACUGUUGUGACUUUCAUGGACAUUACCCAAAAACCAGAGUCUCCAUGGGGCCAACCCCAAGCAGACUGGAAAUUGUCAUUUGACUUCUUCUUCCCCUUCAAAGUGGCAUUCAGCAGUGGAGUUAACUUUCAAAAUGGCUCAGUUUCUUCCAUCUUUAUCUGCUGUCUCUUGUUAUUAGGAGUUCUCAACCUAGAGAAUACAUGAAAAAGAAGAAUCUGAUUUUAGUUUUCAUUGUGUAAAGCCAAAGGGGCAGCCGACUCAUUGGCUGUCCACAUGUAGAGAGCAUUUAGGAUAGUGAUUGGCAUCCAUUGGUCCCAGCCAGUGGCAGCCUGCUAAAAAGGCUAAAAACCACCAAUACAGGAAAAUAGAAAACUUGACAGAAGAGGUACUUCUACUUGAAAGAAGAGAUUUUAGAAAAUCCAUAAAAAGGCUUAACUCUGCUUGGAACUUGGCAGACCACCAGGAACAUGUUAGAUUUGGGAUUUCUCAAACAGGGAAAAUGCAGUCUCUUUCCAGCUCUUUUGGUUGGGUAUGUCUGAAAACGGUUUGUGAGCUCUUCAUGCAA